UAGUCGUGUCAGUUUAGAUAGUUAAAAAGUUCAUUAUAUAACCUCACACAGACCCUCAGAGACACAGAAAUGGGAGCUACAGACAUCGAUGAGUGGAUAGAGAUUGUCGCAAAGUGUCAGUAUCUACCGGAAAACGAGCUAAAGAAACUGUGUGACUACGUGUGCGACCUCUUGCUUGAGGAGUCCAAUGUCCAGCCAGUGUCUACCCCAGUCACUGUGUGUGGGGACAUUCACGGACAGUUUUAUGACCUCCAAGAGCUGUUUAGAACAGGUGGACCCAUCCCCGAUACAUCUUACGUGUUCAUGGGAGACUUUGUUGAUCGAGGGUAUUACAGUCUCGAGACGUUCACCCAGCUCCUGGUCUACAAGGCCAAGUUCCCUAGCAAGAUAACUCUGUUGAGAGGGAAUCAUGAGACUAGACAGAUCACUCAGGUGUAUGGAUUUUAUGAUGAGUGUCAGAACAAGUACGGGAAUGCUAAUGCCUGGAGGUACUGCUGUAGAGUGUUUGACCUGCUCACUAUAGCUGCAAUCAUAGAUGAGGAGAUCCUCUGUGUACACGGAGGCCUCUCUCCUGAAGUGAAGACUCUAGACCAGAUUCGUACAAUAGACAGAGGGAUCGAAAUUCCACACGAGGGAGCGUUUUGUGAUCUGGUGUGGUCAGAUCCAGAGGAGAUUGCUGGUUGGGCCAUUAGUCCGAGGGGUGCUGGAUACCUCUUUGGGGCAAGUGUCACACAAGAGUUCAUGCACUUGAAUGGGCUGAGGCUGAUCUGCCGAGCCCAUCAGUUGGUCAAUGAAGGCAUCAAGUACAUGUUUGACAGUCGCCUGGUGACUGUGUGGUCUGCCCCCAACUACUGCUACAGAUGUGGAAACAUAGCAGCUAUAUUGCAGUUCAAUGAUGUGCUGGACAACCGACAGAGCAAGCUCUUCAAGGCUGUGCCAGAUGCUGAGCGUGUUAUCCCACAGAGAGUGACAACUCCAUACUUUCUUUAAUACAGAACUCGUAGAAUUAUAUGGUCUUGAUUUUAUACACUUUCAUUGUGUCUCAUACAGCUAAGCACUUUUUAUGGUAAUUAUUAUUGUUUGUCAA